CGUGAAAAAAAUGGACGCCCCACAACAAUAUAUGGGAACAGAACAGUUAAAUACUCCAUUAGCUUAGAGUUCAUUUUUCUGACUUUCUCAAGGAAUAUCACUUCUACGAUUUACAAAGCUUAAAUCAGGCGCCACCACUUCAGUACGCGCCACCGCUUAUAGCUGCUUUACGUUUUCUAUUCAUUUUUUCUUUCUACUUUUUUUUUUCUCAGCAUAGAGUUACUGUUUUUCUUCUUGUUUGAUUAAAUAGUGUGCUAGAAUGGGUUGUACAAUGUCAAAGCUGGACAAUGAAGACACGGUGAGGCGGUGCAAAGAGAGGCGCCGCCUGAUGAAGGAAGCCGUUCACGCUCGACACCUCCUUGCCGCCGCUCACGCCGACUACUUGAACUCUAUCCGUGUCACCGGCUCAGCUCUCUCCUCCUUCGCCGCUGGUGAACACCUUUCCGUCUCUGACGAAACCCCUGCUGUCCUUCUCCACCCCGCCAACCCUUCUCCCCCUCCUCCUCCUCCAAUCAAUCCGAUCCCUCCACGUGUCCCUCCAUCUCCCUCCCCUUCUCUCCACCCUCCUCCUCCUCCUCCUCCAUUCUCUCCUUCCCCUUUCCCUUCUCCAACAAUCGCUAGCUCCAAACUCCCCCACAUACUCUCCGCUUCAAGCAUCUCAUCUCCCGCACCCAUUCGUCGUCGGCCACGUAAGCUACCCCCGAAACUCCCCCACAUUUUGUCCGAAUCGAGUCCUUCUUCUUCUCCUCAAAGCUCCAAAUCCGGUUUUUCCAACAACUUUUUCCCAACCGCUUAUCAAGCCAAUUCCACUUACUCAACUACUCCUUCUCAAACCUCUUCUGUUUGGAACUGGGAUAACUUUUACCCUCCAUCCCCACCUGGCUCCGACUUCUUUGACCAAAAAUUACAACAACGUAACCAACAAUUACACCAACGGCUUCAUCAUUUAGAUUCCAACAACCCUGAAGAUGCGGAAGAUACCGAAACGGAAAAAUCAGAAUACGAUUUCUUCCGUCCACAAAGAUUGAGUCACCGUUACAAUAUCAAUUCCGAUAACGCCAAGAGUAAUUUCAAUGAGGAAACCGAAAGAGAAGAAGUGCAAUGCAGUGAAUGGGGAGACCACGACCACGACCACUACACUACAACGAGUUCAUCGGAUGAAGAAGAGGAGGAUGACGUGGCAUCCAGAUCCGGGAUUGGGACCCGCUCCAAUUUCGGGUCCUCGAUGAGAGGGGAGUCGGAGAAGUUGCAUCAUCUUCAUAAUCAGACUCCUCCGCCAGUACAGCCGCAGGCACAGCAGCAGAUGUAUGGGGCCGCCGCGGGGAAUAAAAUGGACAAUAAGUCGGAGGAUGUGGGAUCUGGCAGUUAUAGAACUGGUGCUAUGAUGGAUAUGAAGAUGGUGGUUAGGCAUAAGGAUUUGAAAGAGAUUGUCGACGCGAUAAAAGAGAAUUUCGAAAAAGCUGCCGCCGCUGGAGAUCAGGUUUCCGAGAUGUUCGAGAUCGGUAGAGCUCAGCUUGAUAAAAGUUUCAGGCAGUUGAAAAAGACAGUGUAUCAUUCAAGUAGCAUGUUGAGUAACUUGAGCUCGAGCUGGACUUCAAAGCCGCCGUUGGCGGUGAAAUACCGGCUUGACACGACUGUGCUCAAUGAACCGGGCGGUUCAAAGAGCCUUUGUUCUACUUUGGACCGGCUUUUGGCUUGGGAGAAGAAGCUCUACGAGGAAGUGAAGGCUAGAGAAGGAGUAAAGAUUGAUCAUGAGAAGAAGUUGUCAACACUGCAAAGUCAAGAGUACAAGGGGGAAAAUGAAGCCAAGAUAGACAAGACCAAGGCAUCAAUAACAAGGCUGCAGUCACUAAUAAUUGUCACUUCUCAGGCUGUCUCCACCACCUCUACUGCCAUUAUUGGGCUUAGAGAUAGUGACCUUAUUCCUCUGCUUGUAGAAAUUUGUCACGGCAUCCGGUAUAUGUGGGGAUCGAUGCAUCAUUACCAUGAAGUUCAGAACAAUAUUGUGCAGCAAGUCCGUGGUCUUAUAAACAGAUCAGGGAAAGGUGAUUCAACUUCUGAACUGCAUCGACUGGCAACACGUGAUCUUGAGUCAGCUGUCUCUGCCUGGCACUCUAAUUUCUGCCGUUUAAUAAAAUUUCAACGGGAUUUUAUCCUCUCCCUCCAUGGCUGGUUCAAGCUCACCUUGCUUCCUGUCAGUAAUGACAAUGUUGGUGGCAACACAGAGCCCUCUAAUGUAUGUGCUUUUUGUGAAGAAUGGAAGCUUGCUCUUGAGCGUGUCCCUGAUACUGUAGCUUCUGAAGCUAUUAAAAGUUUUAUCAAUGUCAUCCAUGUGAUAUCUGUUAAACAAACUGAAGAGCUUAAGAUUAAGAAGCAAACUGAAACUGCAUCAAAGGAGCUUGAGAAGAAGGCUUCAUCUCUCCGGAACAUAGAAAGGAAGUUCUACCACUCAUAUUCUAUGGUUGGUAUUGGACCUCCUGAUUCUGUGUCUGAUCAUGGGCAGGUUCUAGACGCUCGAGAUCCCCUUGCUGAAAAAAAAUCUGAGCUUGCAGUCUGCCAAAGGCGGUUGGAAGAUGAAAUGCUGAAACAUGCCAAAGCAGUAGAGGUGACCAGAGCAAUGACUCUAAAUAAUCUUCAAACAGGAUUGCCAGGGGUUUUUCAAGCAUUGACUAGCUUUUCUGCCUUAUUUACUGAGGCACUUGACUCAGUAUGCUCCCGUUCCUAUCAUAUCAAAUAGAUGAAUACAUUUUUUUUCACUCGAAUUUUUUAGGUCGGUUGAAGUUUAUAGAGCUGGGUUUUCUUGAUUGUUGCCUCUUAUAAUUAUUGUUUUUUGGUUUUGGUUUUUCUUUUUUGGGGGAAUGUGUAAAUACAUGGGAGGUCUUUUUGUGGUUUUGUCAUUAUCAAUUGUCAAGCCAAGGGAACUGUCUGUACAGGAAAUUGCUCGGAUUCUUGUAUGGGAAAAAAAAAAAAAAGGAAGCAAUUUCAGCAGAUGAAUAAUACCCAAAUUCUUCCUUCUCUCUUCCAAUUUGUUGUAUUGUUUUCUUUGGUUUACUGACAGGGAUGGUGGCUUAAGGUUUAUAAGCAUGGUGGGUAUUAUAGGGUCCAGGCGAGGCAAUUCAUUAUUGAUCUGAGGGCUAGGCUGGCCAUGUCAGAGCUUGAUAUCAUCUUUGGCAAGAAGAUGAAUCUCAACUUGCUUUUUCUUUCACCCCAUACUCUAGUUCCUUUUUUUCUCGUUGAAAAAAGAAAGUUUGAGUUAUCAAAUAAGACAAAAACAGUUAUUCUGUGCAAACAAAUUAGGUGCAACAUUUCUCCCAUGUGAAAAAAAAAGAGUAAAAAAUGGCAACUAUCCAUGUUUGUUUUUAAAGUUACAGAAGUUUGGACCAUUGCCU